UGAAGAUGGAACAUUAAAUGUUCAAAGCCUCUUAUAAACAUUGCAAUAAGGCUAAAGUUUUCUAGUUUAUUUUUAUGAGAAAAAGCAAAAGAUUGGUAGAGUUUUUGUUGCGUGAUGGUUCAUUUUUCAUGUGGGCGACCUGCAACUAAGAAUGUAUUGCAACAUUUUAGGUUAAAUUUGUUCUUUUAAGACGAGAGUCAAUUCCAAAAAUUUAAGCCUGUUGGCUUGUAAUUCACUAAGUUGCAAAACGUGGGUGUUUUUGUUACGUGAAACAUGAAAGCGACUGUAGAUGCGCAAUGAAUUCACAAAGGAAACAACCGCAACGAGUUUAAGCCGUUUUUGAGGUGUGCUGUUUUAUUAAAGACAAUCAUUUUGGCUUGCUCUUUCGGUUUUAUCUAUGAAGCAUUUGCUGCACUUUAUAUUUCUAGUACAUUCAAUGCGAAACUUGUGUGUUGGUCACAGGUGUAGUUGUUUGUUGCCAAACAUGGCCAGUCUUGCUAAUGGUUCAUUGGGCCUCUAAUGGAAACAGUAAUUUGGAAUUGAACUUCAAAGUGUUGCUCAAGUAGGUUCUAUUGAUUUCAGUGAAACCAACUGGUAAUUUACUGAUCCAGUGUAUUCCCACAAGCAGAAAGGGAGGAGGUUAUGUAGUGUAAACAUGUGACCUGCUGUAGUUGAUUCUCUUUAACGGGUAACUCAGAUGUAAAGGGGUUCGGUUCCUUUAUGCAUUAUAAUUAUUAAACUGAAAUGUUUACUUUGGCGGCAGUGACCUAACGUUUUUGAAUCAUGUAAAGUUGUGAUAAAAACAGAGCUCUUUUUGUCAUAUUUUCAUAAAAAUCAAGUCAACUAUCCGAUUUUUCGAUGAUCUCGAACGGUACCCGUAAACAUCGUGAAUAUAAUACCAGCUACAUUUUAGCAAGUGCGCGUCGUUAUUGUUCAAUGCGCGCUUAGGAAAGAGACGCAUGGAAGGAGUAAGCACAACGCCACGUUCACACGAACAACAUGGCGUUCGACUGCAAAGGAAACAAGCGAGGAAGAUGUUUGGUUUGCAUUGAAUGUGAGGAGUUCACUCCCUGGGCAAAGAAUGUUAGAUGUGCUUACUGUGACUGCCCGCCUACUAAGCAUCAGCAUUUUCCCGGUCAUGAGUUGCCAACAAAAGACAGGAGUGUUUCCACAGUUGAUGGAGUUCACGGAGACUUGCAAAGCCGGGAGGGUAGCAGGUUCAGUAACGUCUCUGAAAACAACUCGACCCAUCAGAUGCACUUAUCGCUGGUCAAUGAAGGUUCUAUAGAAAGUUUAAGCCAAGGCACAAGUACUGGGCAUGGAUCCUUGCACAAGCUUAGCAGCACUGCAACACACAUCAAAGAGGAAGAAAGCACUACAAAAGUUGUCUCAGUGACCCAUUUUCAUAAGUGCCCAGUUUGCAAAAAGAAGUUCAAGAAAAUAUCAAAUCUAAAAAGUCAUAUACUUUUACAUAAAGGGAAGUUGCAGUUUAAGUGUAAGAAAUGUUCACAUUUCUUUCAAACAUUGGAAGAGUUAUUGGGUCACAAGAAACAUCAUGAAAACGAAGAUCAAAGGCAAGGGAAAGCAAAUUCAUUGUCUAAGAUGCUAAACUCUGAAGAAAACCAUGGCAGAAAAAGAAAAAAUUUGGCGAAGAUGACAACCAUUGCACCAAAGCAAUCUUCUGUUCCAUCAUAUCCCCAAGGAAUUAACUUGUGGAAUGCUGCCAAUCAAAAUGCCUAUUUGAUGAGUCCACUUACUGGGGGUCUUUUCCCACAAGUAACCAUGCCUGCCCAGAUUCUUCAGAAUAAUUCCUUGAACCAUACAGGAAGAGGCUUUCAAGAAGUACAACAACAGAACACUACCCCUCCACAAGACCAAAUGGAUAAUCAUAAUAAUCAAAGUCAAAAAAUUCUUAACCUACUUCAUGGCCUAGACAAUAAAGCCAGUAGUUUAGCACAGAUUGAUAGAAAGCUUGAUUAUAUAAUUCAUGCAGUAAGCACACCAAGAGAGCCUGUCCAGGAAAGCCCAAGUUUUACAGUAGAAACAGACCAAGUAGCACGUUCAUUGGAGCAAAUAACAGCACAAAUAGAAGAUCCUACACAGCAGUCGCGCUUGCUUACAGAGCCAAUUUCAGAGCCAGUAACAUUUAAACGGGGCAGCCUACUUCCAGGUCAACAAAUACCUGAUGCAGUGGUUGAUGAGGCAUUCAGAUCUAGUGUUUCAAGGAGAAAUCUGGCAAAAAAUCUUGUUUUUAUAGUUUUUAGUGCAGAUGAGCUGAGAGGUAGAAACUGCUCUGGCAAAGUUUAUGGGAAAGGCCUUCCAAAAGAAAGACUGAAUCAACUCAAAUUGCAUGCUGUCAAGAUGGCCACAUUUAGAAAAUAUCCUUGCAACCCUUCAGAAAUGGAUAUUAUCUGGCAAAGAGAAUGCAUUAAAGCAAUUGACAAGGCUAUACGAAGUAGAGCAUUACACAACAAAUUGUAAAAAAUAUUUAUCUGAUGAAGGUAAAGUAGUAGCAUAGGUGUUUAAAACCAAAAUCUUAUUUCAGUCAUCAAUAUAAAUUCAUACAUUGUGGAUAUGAUUUAUUAAGAAAAGCAGUGAUUACUUGAAGUCAAAAACUUCUUACAAGAAAA